GCCGCGAUGGCAUCCAGGAAGGCGGGCUCGCGGCUGGAGACGGAGAUCGAGCGCUGCCGCUCCGAGUGCCAGUGGGAGCGGAUCCCCGAGCUGGUCAAGCAGCUGUCCGCCAAGCUCAUCGCCAACGAUGACAUGGCAGAACUUCUCCUCGGGGAGUCGAAGCUGGAGCAGUACCUGAAGGAACACCCCCUGCGGCAGGGGGCCAGUCCCCGAGGCCCCAGGCCCCAGCUGACUGAGGUCCGCAAGCAUCUGACCGCCGCCCUGGACCGUGGGAACCUCAAGUCAGAAUUGCUACAAGAGUCCAAUCUGAUCAUGGCCAAGGUGAACUACGUGGAAGGAGAUUAUAAAGAGGCGCUCAACAUCUACGCGCGGGUGGGCCUCGACGACUUGCCGCUGGCCGCUGUCCCUCCUUACAGGUUGCGGCUGUUGGCGGAGGCCUACGCUACCAAAGGACUUUGUUUAGAGAAAUUGCCUAUUUCCUCUUCUACCAGUAAUCUCCAUGUGGACCGGGAGCAGGAUGUCAUCACCUGUUAUGAGAAAGCAGGUGACAUUGCCCUCCUGUACCUCCAAGAGAUAGAAAGGGUAAUACUUACUAAUAUUCAAAACAGAAGCCCCAAGCCUGGCCCUGCUCCCCACGAUCAAGAACUAGGUUUUUUCCUAGAAACAGGACUUCAGAGAGCCCAUGUCCUCUAUUUCAAAAAUGGGAACCUGACAAGAGGAGUCGGGAGAUUUAGAGAGCUCCUCAGAGCAAUCGAAACGAGAACGACUCAAAACCUGCGAAUGACCAUAGCGAGGCAGCUGGCGGAGAUCCUGUUGCGGGGCAUGUGUGAGCAGAGCUACUGGAACCCUCUGGAGGACCCGCCAUGCCAGUCACCUCUGGACGACCCUCUCCGGAAAGGAGCGAACGCCAAAACCUACAGCCUCACUCGGAAAGCCCGCGUCUACUCAGGAGAGAACAUUUUUUGUCCUCAAGAAAAUACUGAAGAAGCCCUGUUGUUAUUGCUGAUUAGUGAAUCGAUGGCCAACCGGGACGCUGUGCUGAGCAGGAUACCCGAGCACAGGAGCGACCGCCUCAUCAGUCUGCAGAGCGCCUCGGUGGUCUAUGACCUGCUGACCAUCGCUCUCGGGAGAAGAGGCCAGUUUGAGAUGCUCUCGGAGUGCUUAGAAAGAGCCAUGAAGUUUGCCUUUGAGGAGUUCCACCUCUGGUACCAGUUUGCUCUGUCACUCAUGGCUGCCGGAAAGUCGGCCCGUGCGGUGAAGGUGCUGAAAGAGUGCAUUCGGCUGAAGCCCGACGAUGCCACCAUCCCCCUCCUGGCCGCCAAGCUGUGCAUGGGCUCGCUCCACUGGUUGGAAGAGGCUGAGAAGUUUGCCAAAACUGUCGUUGAUGCGGGAGAGAAAGCGUCCGAGUUCAAGGCCAAAGGCUACUUAGCUCUGGGGCUCACGUACAGUCUGCAGGCCACCGACGGAAGAAGUAACCUUUUUCAGUUCCUACGACAGGCUCCAAGGGACCCGUGUCUCACAUGCUCUGCACAAGCUUCGUUGCGAGGGAUGCAGGAGGUCCUGCAGAGAAAGGCACUUCUUGCAUUUCAGAGGGCCCACAGUCUGUCACCUACAGAUCACCAAGCAGCUUUCUACCUCGCCCUGCAGCUCGCCAUCUCCAGACAGAUACCAGAGGCUCUGGGGUAUGUCCGCCAAGCUCUUCAGCUUCAAGGCGAUGAUGUCAACUCUCUGCACCUGCUCGCCCUCUUGCUGUCCGCGCAGAAGCAUUACCACGACGCGCUGAACAUCGUCGACAUGGCCCUGAGCGAAUACCCAGAGAAUUUUAUACUGCUGUUUUCCAAAGUGAAGUUGGAGUCGCUGUGCCGCGGCCCGGAUGAGGCGCUUCUCACGUGCAAGCACAUGUUACAAAUAUGGAAAUCCUGCUACAACCUAACCAAUCCCAGUGAUUCUGGACGAGGGAGCAGCCUCUUAGACAGAACCAUUGCGGACAGACGACAGCUUAAUACAAUUACUUUGCCAGACUUCAGCGACCCGGAGACAGGCUCUGUCCACGCCACCUCAGUGGCGGCCUCACGGGUGGAGCAGGCGCUGUCAGAAGUGGCCUCGUCUCUGCAGAGCAGCACCCCCAAGCAGGGCCCGCUACACCCCUGGAUGACACUGGCACAGAUCUGGCUCCACGCAGCUGAAGUCUACAUUGGCAUUGGGAAGCCUGCAGAAGCCACAGCCUGUACCCAGGAAGCUGCCAACCUCUUCCCGAUGUCCCACAACGUCCUGUACAUGCGUGGCCAGGUUGCCGAGCUCCGGGGAAACAUUGACGAAGCCCGGCGGUGGUACGAGGAGGCCUUAUCCAUCAGCCCCACGCACGUGAAGAGCAUGCAGCGGCUGGCCCUGGUGCUUCAUCAGGUGGGCCGCCACAGUCUGGCGGAGAAGAUUCUUCGGGAUGCGGUGCAGGUGAACUCCACGGCCCACGAAGUCUGGAACGGGCUGGGCGAGGUCCUCCAGGCCCAGGGCAACGACUCGGCAGCCACAGAGUGCUUCCUGAUGGCCCUGGAGCUGGAAGCCAGCAGCCCGGCGGUGCCCUUCACCAUCAUCCCCCGAGCGCUCUGAGCGGGCGCCCCUGCCUCAGCCCCUCGGGCCAAGGAGGCCCCCUGGGUUGCCCUGAGGGGACAAGCCCACCACACCAAGGCCCCGGAUGAAUGUGCGAUUGACCACAGUGAUCGAACCAAACAAACCCCGAAUCAUUGCUCUCCCCACGUGCAUUUCUGUUGUUCCUGCGCCAGCCCAAUGAUUGUUUCUGAAUCAACUGACACUGUUCAAAAUGGAGUAUGUGCCAUAUUUUGUUAGCUGACACCUGAGUUUUAAGUCACAUGAUUAUGGAAUUAAUCUGCAAAUGUAGAAGAACAUAUUCAAAGUUAAAAAUGCAGUGGCAGAACAGAUUAUUUUUAUCAGAGCUGUAAAGAAAGCUGUUCUUUCCACCUCGCCACGCCUGCCCCACCCUUGGCCCAGAAACCAAAUGUGAAUCCUUUUUCCCACCUCAGCGCUAGUCCAGGCCAGGGCACCAGCUGAUGACCUCUUGGUUUUGUUGUCGAUAAUUGCACCAUGUGAUGAAUUACUGUCCUCACUUAGAACAAAGCCUGAGUCCAAGAAUAUUUAUAUUUUAUCAAUAUAUGCCUGUUACAAGAGAAGGAAAUAUGAGUUAUUUAAGUUUAACUUUUUUAUGUGAAUUCAGAGUUUAUUUAUCAAUGGAAAUAUGUACAAAGAAGCUUCAAAUGGAAUAUUUACCGACAUUCCUUAUACAUGACAGACACUUGGCUAAAUG